AUGGCUAGCAAAAAACUCGUUGUUUAUGGUGGAGCAGGCGCAUUGGGACGUGCUCUUGUUCAACAUUUUAAAUCCAAGGGAUACACUGUGAUUAAUGUUGACUUAGUCGAGAAUACAGAAGCUGAUUUUAACACACUAACCUCAACUACUGGAAGCUUAAAAGAACAAGGUGAAUCUAUUCAAAAUGCCAUCUCCCAAGUUCUUGGUGGUGAAAAGCUCUCUGCUAUUUUCUGUGUCGCUGGUGGCUGGGCUGGUGGAAAUGCUCAUAACAAAGACUUCUUGGCUUCUUCUGAGCUAAUGAUUCAGCAAAGUGUUUAUUCUUCAUUGAUCGCAGCACAGCUUGCAUCCAACCAUCUCCAACCUGGAGGAUUGCUCACAUUGACAGGCGCACUUGCGGCGUUAAGCCCAACUCCUGGCAUGAUUGGUUACGGUCUUGCUAAAUCUGCUGUCCACCAUCUCGUACAAGACUUGGCUCAACCCAACGGUGGUUUACCACAGGAUGCAAAGGUUGCUGGCAUCUUACCUGUUACCAUUGAUACACCUAUGAACAGAAAGUUUAUGCCAAAAGCUGAUUUUAGUACAUGGACUUCGCCAAGUGAUAUUGCAACCCAAUUGGAAGGUUAUCUUGAUGGAAGCAUUCCUCUCACAAACGGAAAACUUAUCAAGGUUGUCACCGAAAACAGCAAGACGACCUUUACUGAAGCUUAAUAAACAUUUACAUUUAUAUUUUGCUUCCAUGUACUAUUUAAUGUAUAUCC